UUCAAAACAAACGUCAGCGGAAAACAACAUUGAGCACAAGAGACAAAAGACGCGACAAAAUCGUUACAUUGGAUUAAAAAAAAAAACAGUGCGAUUACAAGAAUACAAGAAAGUUCCAAAUAAACAAAAAAAAACCGUGACUGAAUCAUACAAUUUACAAACAAAAUAUAUAAUUCCAUUAAUUUUAUGAAACCAAGCCAAAAGACAACAAAGACUUAACCACUUAGAAAGGGACCACAACAAAGUGACAAUUAAUUCAUAAUAUUUUUUUUUUGCGUGCAGCAAUUAGUUUAAGUUAGCAAAAUAUAUUUUGAAGAAUCUUCAAGAUGAGGUUAUGUAUAUUACUGGCUGUGGUGGCCUUUGUCGGCCUCUCGCUGGGCGAGGAGAAGAAAGAGAAGGACAAGGAACUGGGCACCGUUAUUGGCAUUGAUCUGGGAACCACAUACUCUUGCGUUGGCGUUUACAAGAACGGACGCGUGGAGAUCAUUGCCAACGAUCAGGGCAACCGUAUCACGCCCUCAUAUGUGGCCUUCACUGCCGAUGGCGAGCGUCUGAUUGGUGACGCCGCCAAGAACCAGUUGACGACAAAUCCUGAGAACACAGUCUUCGAUGCCAAGCGGCUGAUCGGUCGCGAGUGGUCGGACACAAAUGUCCAGCACGACAUUAAGUUCUUCCCCUUCAAGGUGGUCGAAAAGAACUCAAAGCCGCACAUCAGCGUGGACACGUCGCAGGGCGCCAAGGUGUUCGCCCCCGAGGAGAUCUCUGCCAUGGUCCUCGGCAAGAUGAAGGAAACCGCCGAAGCUUAUCUGGGCAAGAAGGUCACCCACGCCGUGGUCACAGUGCCGGCCUACUUCAACGAUGCCCAGCGUCAAGCCACCAAGGAUGCUGGCGUCAUUGCCGGUCUCAAUGUUAUGCGCAUUAUCAACGAACCGACUGCUGCGGCCAUUGCCUACGGUCUGGAUAAAAGGGAGGGCGAGAAGAACGUGCUGGUGUUCGAUCUGGGCGGCGGUACCUUCGAUGUCUCCCUGCUGACCAUCGAUAACGGCGUGUUCGAGGUGGUGGCCACCAACGGCGACACUCAUUUGGGAGGCGAGGACUUCGAUCAGCGCGUGAUGGACCAUUUCAUCAAGCUGUACAAGAAGAAGAAGGGUAAGGACAUCCGCAAGGACAACCGUGCCGUGCAGAAGCUGCGUCGUGAGGUGGAGAAGGCCAAGCGCGCCCUGUCCGGCUCCCACCAAGUGCGCAUCGAGAUCGAGUCCUUCUUCGAGGGCGACGACUUCUCCGAGACUCUGACCCGUGCCAAGUUCGAGGAGCUCAACCUGGACCUCUUCCGCUCCACCCUGAAGCCCGUGCAGAAGGUGCUCGAGGAUGCCGACAUGAACAAGAAGGACGUGAACGAGAUUGUGCUGGUUGGCGGUUCCACUCGUAUCCCCAAGGUCCAGCAGCUGGUCAAGGACUUCUUCGGUGGCAAGGAACCCUCUCGCGGCAUCAAUCCCGAUGAGGCUGUGGCCUACGGUGCCGCCGUUCAGGCUGGCGUUCUCUCUGGCGAACAGGACACCGAUGCCAUCGUUCUGCUUGAUGUCAACCCACUGACCAUGGGCAUCGAAACCGUUGGCGGUGUGAUGACAAAAUUGAUUCCCCGCAACACCGUGAUCCCCACCAAGAAGUCGCAGGUAUUCUCGACCGCCUCGGACAAUCAGCACACCGUCACCAUUCAGGUGUACGAGGGCGAGCGCCCCAUGACCAAGGACAACCAUCUCUUGGGCAAAUUCGAUCUGACUGGCAUCCCACCAGCACCACGCGGCAUUCCCCAGAUCGAGGUCUCGUUCGAGAUUGACGCCAACGGCAUCCUGCAGGUCAGCGCCGAGGACAAGGGCACCGGAAACAAGGAGAAGAUUGUCAUCACCAACGACCAGAACCGCCUGACGCCCGAAGACAUUGAUCGCAUGAUCCACGAUGCUGAGAAAUUCGCCGAUGAGGACAAGAAGCUCAAGGAGCGCGUCGAGACCCGCAACGAGCUGGAGUCGUAUGCCUACAGCCUGAAAAACCAGAUCGGCGACAAGGAGAAGCUGGGCGCCAAGCUGAGCGACGACGAGAAGACCAAGCUGGAAUCGGCCAUCGAUGAGUCGAUCAAGUGGCUCGAGCAGAACCCUGACGCCGAUCCAGAGGAGUACAAGAAGCAGAAGAAGGACCUCGAGGCCAUUGUCCAGCCGGUGAUUGCCAAGCUCUAUCAGGGCACUGGCGGCGCACCACCUCCAGAGGGCGGCGAUGAUGCCGAUCUCAAGGACGAGCUGUAAGGCGGCCCUAGCGCCCCCCACCACGAUGGCUAGAAGAUCAUUUCAGACUGAUAACACAAUUAUGUAACUUAACAACAACCACAAACAACAACAACAACAACAAACAGAAUGAACAGCAUCAAAUACUACUACUAUUACAACACCCGGCCGACAUCAUCCCCCCGCCCACAAGCAUCCAUUCGACCUUUAAGGAAAUUUCCAAAAUUAACUAUAUAUAUAUAUACAUUUUUGUUUUGUUUUAAGCUCUAAAUUUGGAGUACUUGUAAUUCUCUUCUGUUUGAAAACUAAGAAAUUUGAUCAUGAUUUAUGUGUGUUUACUCGCAGAGAGAGAGACCCCUCUCCAAACCAUCCGUAAUUAUGUAAAACUGUAAAUUUUUUUUUUAUAUACAUAUAGACAUACACAUAACUGUAACAGUAAACCCUGGAAAUCGUCACAGAGAUUGAAAAGAAGGGGGAGGAUAGGUAAAGCAAAUGAGAAAAAUGUUAUAUGUAUAAGAGAGAGGAAACGUGAAACAAAACGACGAAUAAGAACGAGAGCUGCGGCGGGGCUGGCGACAGGCAAAAUGAUUCAAAGACAAUGCAAAAACAAAAUGAAAA